AUGCCAGGUGACAAGGCAGCGAGCGCUGCUCGCACGCCAGCAAAGGCCACCCGGCCAGCUGCCGCAGCCUCCUCUGCGACCAAACAGAAAUCGAUAAUGUCGUUCUUCCAGAAGUCUUCGCCCGUUUCGAGCUCGCCCGCAACUCGCGAAAAGGUCUCGUCCGACAUCCUAUACUCCUCCCCUCUGCAAGAGACCAAAGCCAACUCGCUGCCAAAGACGAAAUUCUUUGCCGAGCUCUCCACUCCAGUGCCUUCUAGCGAUGCCCCGGAGCCCACCAGCUCACAAGAGAAUAUGGAAUCGACUGUCAAGCGCUCCAAGGUCAAGUUUGCCGAAGCGCCGGAGAGUUCGGUGGCCCCCAGCAGCCCAAUUCGAAAGGGAAAAAAGGCUGUCAAUUACGCCGAGUCCUCAGAUGAAGAUGAUGAGCCUUUUGCCUAUGGAGCGGCUUCACAAACUCGGAGGCGUGGUAGAGUCACACGCAACGUUGUCAAUGAUGAAGACGACUACGGUGGAAGCGAUACCGCCGAGCAAGAGGAUGAAGAUGACAUCGACGACUUUGUUGUAUCCGACGAUUCAGACGGAGAGACUUCUCGGCCGAAGAAAAGAAAGCGCCCCUCAAAACCUCAACCAGCACGCAAACGCACAAAUGUCUCGUCUCCUGUCCAGGAGGACACGGAAGACUACCUUGCGGCUCUUGGUGAUAUAGACAUAGAAGAUGAAGAUAUGCCUACUGAGUCUACAGCCAAGCAGUGGUCUUAUGACCCAGACUCUACCGAAAAGCAGCCUGUCGUACGGCCAAUUGACCGUGUCAGCACAAAGGACCCCAAGAUGAAGGAAAAGGCAUAUAUGAAGGAGCCCGGCGAGCGUUAUCCAUGGCUGGCGACCAUCAGAGACAAAGAUAAGCGCUUGCCUGAUGACCCUGACUAUGAUCCGCGAACUCUCUUCAUCCCUCCAGGUGCGUGGAAUAAGUUUUCGCCAUUUGAAAAACAGUACUGGGAGAUUAAGCAAAAUCUCUGGGACACUAUUGUCUUCUUCAAAAAGGGCAAGUUUUAUGAGCUUUAUGAAAAAGAUGCAACCAUUGGUCACCAAGAGUUCGACUUCAAGAUGACCGAUAGAGUCAACAUGCGCAUGGUUGGUGUCCCAGAGGGCUCUUUGGACCACUGGAUCAACCAAUUCAUCGCCAAACAGUACAAAGUUGCCCGUGUCGAGCAGAUGGAGACCAACCUCGGCAAGGAGAUGAGAGAGCGAGAAGACAAGAGUAAAAAAGCGGAUAAAGUCAUUUCUCGAAAGCUAGGCUGUGUUUUAACUGCCGGCACCUUGGUUGAUGGCAGCAUGCUUCAAGACGACAUGGCUGCGUACUGUGUCUCUAUUAAAGAAUCACUCGUGGACGAUUUGCCUGCAUUCGGUAUUGCCUUCACGGAUACCGCAACUGGUCGAUUUUUCCUAUCUGGGUUCGUCGAUGAUGUCGAUCGGACUAAAUUCGAGACUCUCAUUGCUCAAAUUGGCCCCCGAGAACUUUUGUUGGAAAAGUCGGGACUAGCAACUAAAACUCUGCGCAUCCUCAAAAACAACACUUCCCCUACCACUAUAUGGACAAAUCUAAAACCAGGAACAGAGUUUUGGGAUGCAGACACUUCUCGAAAAGAACUAUCCUUUGCCAAAUACUUUGUCAAAGGAGAAGACCAGGAAGAAGUGUGGCCGGAAGCGCUCCAGGAACUCAAGGAUGAUGAUCUUGUCAUGUCUGCUGUUGGCGGCCUGACUUCGUAUCUCCGAUUCCUCAAACUAGAAGGGCCCUUGUUAUCACAAGGAAGCUUCGAGGUUUACAAGCCUAUCCAGAAAAACAGCACUCUUGUUUUGGAUGGCCAAACGUUGACAAACCUUGAACUGUUCUCCAACACUGUUAAUGGCAAUACUGAUGGCACGCUGUUUGGUCUGCUCAAUAAGUGCAUAACUCCGUUCGGCAAGCGUCUAUUUCGCCAGUGGGUUGCCCACCCACUGUGUAACAUCGAUCGUAUCAAUGAGCGCUUAGAUGCUGUUGAGAUGCUGAAUGAUGAUCCUACCGUCCGCGAGCAGUUUGCUUCGCAGCUGGUCAAGAUGCCUGACCUUGAGCGUCUGAUUUCACGCAUCCAUGCUGGUGCCUGCAAGCCAGAAGAUUUUGUGCGUGUUCUUGAAGGUUUUGAGCAAAUUGAGUAUACGAUGACUCUUGCUGCUGCCUUCAAAGGUGGAAAUGGCUUGAUCGACAGACUCAUUUCGUCCAUGCCUAACUUGGAAGAGCCGCUGGCUUACUGGAGCACGGCUUUCAACCGGCAGAGGGUUAAGGAAGAGAAGUUGAUGAUUCCAGAGAGCGGUAUUGAUGAAGAUUUUGAUGCAAGUGUGGCUCGAAUCCAGGAGAUCAAAGACCAGCUGAAUGAUCUAUUAAUGGAGAAAAAGGGGGAGCUCAAGUGCAAAACUCUCAAAUAUACAGAUGUUGGAAAAGAAAUCUAUCAGAUAGAAGCCCCGAAAGCUGCCAAGAUCCCCUCCAGCUGGCGUCAAAUGUCUGCAACAAAGGAUGUCAAGCGAUGGUAUUUUCCUCAACUCACUGCGUUGGUUCGAGAGCUGCAAGAAGCCGAGGAAACCCACUCUCAGCUGAUUCGAGAAAUUGCGUCACGCUUCUGCCGGAAAUUUGAUGCUGACUACGAGACUUGGCUCAAGUCAAUUCAAAUUGUCGCCCAGCUGGACUGUCUUGUCAGUCUUGCCAAGGCGUCGUCCUCACUCGGAGAACCAAGCUGCAGACCUCAAUUCGUCGAGGAAGAACGCAGCGUGAUGGAUUUUGAGGAAUUGAGACAUCCUUGCAUGAUUAACACCGUGGACGACUUUAUCCCAAAUGACAUCAAGCUCGGCGGUGACCAGGCUAAGAUUAAUCUUCUUACUGGUGCCAACGCGGCUGGUAAGUCUACGGUUCUCAGAAUGUCUUGCAUUGCCGUCAUCAUGGCUCAAGUUGGCUGUUUUGUCCCGGCCAAGUCGGCUCGUCUCACUCCUGUUGAUCGAAUCAUGUCUCGCCUGGGAGCCAACGAUAACAUUUUUGCCGCGCAAUCCACCUUCUUCGUGGAGCUCUCCGAAACCAAAAAGAUCCUCUCAGAGGCCACGCCUCGCUCUCUCGUUAUUCUUGAUGAGCUUGGCCGAGGAACGAGCUCAUACGAUGGUGUAGCCGUAGCGCAAGCUGUGCUGCAUCAUGUGGCGACUCAUAUCGGCUGCAUUGGUUUCUUUGCAACACAUUACCACUCUCUUGCUACUGAAUUUGAGAAUCACCCAGAGAUUCGUGCUCGUCGCAUGCAAAUUCAUGUUGAUGACGAAGAGCGUAGAAUCACGUUUCUGUAUAAGCUCGAGGACGGUGUUGCAGAGGGCAGUUUCGGUAUGCAUUGUGCUGCCAUGUGCGGCAUCUCAGACCGCGUCAUUAAGAGAGCCGAAGUGGCAGCCAAAGAAUGGGAACAUACCAGCCGACUGAAAGACAGCUUGGACAAGGCCAAGACAGGAUGCUACAUUCCCUUGGGCAUUCUCAGCGAUAUCGGUUCCUUGCUUGGGAACAAGGGCGACGUCGGUGCGGAGGGAGUAGACGUUUUGCUCAAAGCCAUUGGAAGCUUAUAA